UCGGCAGAGAAAGGGAGACCUGCAAGGACACCGCGCGCUUUCCAGCAAGCUCAGACGACACGAUGACAGACGGUGACACAAAUCUCCCAACUAUCGAGAGAAAGCUGGGACUGCAGAUAUGGGGCAUAGAGAAUAUGAAGAUGGUUCCUGUACCGGAAAAGGCUUAUGGGACUUUUUUUGAAGGAGACUGUUACAUAAUUCUGCACACCAAAAGAACCUCUCGCGGCUCCGCUGUGGAUUUGCAUUACUGGAUUGGCAAGGAUUCAUCUCAGGAUGAGCAAGGUGCCGCGGCCCUGUACGUCACCCAGCUGGACAACGCGCUCAGAGGGAACCCCGUGCAGCACCGGGAAGUGCAGGGACACGAGUCCGAGACCUUCCAAAGCUAUUUCCGCAAUGGCAUUAUCUACAAGAAGGGAGGAGUGGCUUCAGGAUUUAAGCAUGUGGAGACCAAUAUGUACAACAUCAAGCGUCUUCUUCAUGUCAAGGGGAAGAAGCAUGUGUCAGCCACAGAGGUAGCACUUUCCUGGGACAGUUUCAAUAAGGGUGAUGUUUUCUUGCUGGACCUUGGGAAAGUGCUGAUUCAGUGGAACGGACCCAACUGCAGCAUUGCUGAGAAAUCCAGGGGUCUUGCGCUGGCUCGCAGCAUCAGGGACAGUGAAAGAGGCGGCCGUGCUCAAAUCGGCAUCAUUGACAACGAGAAAGACUCCCCGGACCUCAUGCAGAUCAUGAAGAUGGUGCUGGGUGAGAGGCGCGGGGAGCUCCGAGAUGCCAUCCCGGACGCGAAAGCAGAUGAGCUGCAGAAAGCAAAUGUCCGGCUCUACCAUGUCUACGAGAAGGACAAUGACCUGGUGGUACAGGAGAUAGCCACCCGGCCCCUGACACAGGAUCUGCUCCAGCACGAGGACUGCUACAUUUUAGACCAAGGUGGUUUUAAGAUUUACGUCUGGAGAGGAAAAGCCUCCAGCCUGGAAGAGAAAAAAGCAGCCUUCACUCGAGCUGUGGGUUUUAUCCAAGCCAAAGGCUAUCCUUCAUCCACCAACAUUGAAGUGAUCAAUGAUGGAGCGGAGUCAGCCAUGUUUAAACAGCUCUUCCAGAGGUGGUCAGAAAAGGAUGAAACACAAGGACUGGGCAAAGUCUACACUACUGGCAAAAUUGCCAAGGUGGAGCAGGUGAAGUUUGACACCACUCAGCUCCACGCCAGACCGGAGCUAGCUGCUGAGCAGAGAAUGGUAGAUGAUGCCUCCGGGGAGAUAGAGGUGUGGAGGAUUGAGGACUUGCAAAUGCAGCCAGUGAAUCCCAAGACAUAUGGGCAGUUCUACGGGGGUGAUUGCUACCUGGUCCUGUACACCUACCUGAGAUCAGGCAGGCCUCACUAUGUCCUCUAUAUGUGGCAGGGUCGCCAUGCCUCUGUGGAUGAAAUCACCGCCUGUGCCCUCAAUGCCAUUGAGCUGGACAAGAAGUAUGGGGAUGAGGCUGUGCAGGUGCGCGUGACGAUGGGCAAGGAGCCCACACACUUCCUGGCGAUCUUCAAGGGCAAGCUGGUCAUUUACGAGGGCGGCACAAGCCGGGAUCAGAAGAACACACCCGAGCCAGUGAUCCGCCUCUUCCAGGUGAGGGGCACGGACGAGAUGAACACAAAGGCCACGGAGGUGCCGGCCAGGGCCUCCUCGCUCAACUCCAAUGACGUCUUCCUGCUGACGACCAGCCAAGUCUGCUACCUGUGGUGCGGGAAGGGAUGCAGUGGAGAUGAGAGGGAGAUGGCAAAAAUGGUUGCUGACAUCGUUUCCAAACGGGACAAGCACACCAUUUUGGAAGGACAAGAGCCAGCCGAGUUCUGGGAAGCCUUGGGAGGCAAAGCACCUUACGCCAGUGAAAAGAGGUUUCAAGAGCAAAUCACACACUACCAGCCUCGCCUCUUCGAGUGCUCAAACCAGACGGGCCGAUUCAUCAUGACAGAGGUGGUGGGCUUCUGCCAGGAAGACUUGGACGAAGAUGAUGUCAUGCUGCUAGACACAUGGGAAGAGAUUUUCCUUUGGGUUGGCAAAGCCUCCAACACAUACGAGAAGAAUGAGGCAAUUGCCUCGGCUAAGGAGUAUCUCAAGACCCAUCCGGCAGGGAGAGACUUGGCAACUCCGAUAAUACUGGUGAAGCAGGGCUACGAACCCCUCAACUUCACAGGAUGGUUCAAUGCUUGGGACCCCUACAAAUGGAGCGAUGGCAAGUCCUAUGAGGAGAUGAAGAACAGCUUAGGAGACGUGUCAGCUAUAUCUGAGAUCAAAGUGGACCUUAACAACAUCAGCCUGAACAAGACAACCCUCAGCACGACCACCUUGGCUGGUUCAAGUACGGCAAGUGCUUCCCCAGAGUAUAAAUCACACUUCAACCACAGCGACAGCAACAGCUACAGCAACAGCAGCAACUACAACAGCAACAGCUCUUCCCUGGUGCCUAACGGCGAAGGAAUUUACACCCGAGAGGUGCUGAUGAACAAGACGGUGGAUGAACUUCCAGAAGGGGUGGAUCCCACUAAAAAAGAGUACUAUCUCUCUGAUGCCGAUUUCCACGAUAUCUUUGGGAAGUCCAAAGACGAGUUCUACCAGAUGCCCAAAUGGAAGCAGCAAAAUGAGAAGAAGCAAUAUGGACUCUUCUGAGACUGCAGGGGCCAUCCAGCAUCCAAUGACUCUGGGACCAACCCUCCUCUCUUAGGAGCUGCAGGGAAGAAGUACAGACGUUUGCUCAAUGAACCCAACCCAACAUCUCAAUCAGGCCAAGCUCCAAUGCAGUUAUGCCAGCAGCCACUGUUAGGGGGAUGGCAAAACCUUUUGCAGGAACGACUUUGCCGGAUCUUUUUGCCUCUUUUUGACACUUUAUUGCUGAUAGCCAUGAAGGCAAG